CUGUAACUCGGGAAAUCUGGGGUAGCUGGCCAGCUUAAAGAGUCAUGUACAAAUACCUUAACUUUGAGACUAUCAUCUCAUUGCCAUCAAACUGUUAUUCGUGAACUCCUAACUCCGCUCUUCUCGUUUCACAGUCCAUAUCAACAUGCACAAUCAAAUUACCAACGAUAUUGAGAACUCUAUCUCCCUCGAUGACUCUCAAAGUCCACCCUCAAUCCCCGGUGGCCUCAAGGAAGAGGACAGACCAGUCAACUGGCCCUCCUCCAAAAAAUGGUGCAUAGUGGUCAGCACCUCUCUCGCAACCUUUGUCGUCUCCUUCGGCAGCAGCGUCUACUCAGCUGCAAUCCCGCACAUCCAAGCCAGAUUCGGCGUCUCAUCCGAUAUUGCCCUUCUAGGCAUCACAAUCUACGUUAUUGGGUUCGCCCUUGGUCCAAUGGCAUGGGGUCCCGCGUCGGAACUGUACGGCAAGAGACGACCCCUGCUUCUCGGCUACGCCAUCUUCUGCAUCUGCCAACUCCCCUGUGCGCUCGUGCAGAACAUGCCUCUGCUCUUGACGUUUAUAUUCCUCUCUGGUCUAGCUGGUUCUUCGAGCCUUGCGAUUCUGGGGGAUUUAGGCUGGCGAUGGACGGCGUGGCUCACUCUGAUAGGAGGUGUCGUCUUUGGGAGUGUCGCGUUUCUGCUGACCCCUGAAACGUCCGAGGUGGUAAUGCUGCGCCAAAGACCUGAGGGGAAUACCUCGGUAGGGAUUACCCCAUCUCGGAUAUAUCGUCCAGAACUGGGUAUAUCGAUAUUCCUGCAGAGCUACCUCUCAAAGCCAGUCAGGAUGUUCGUCCGUGAGCCAAUACUCAUCUUCUUCACCAUCUACAUGAGUCUCGCCUAUGGAAUCAUAUACCUCACGUUUACUAUGUACCCUCUUGCAUCUGUCACAACCCCCCUCUUACAUAUUCCAGGCAUAUUCUGGUUCGGUUGGACCUCUAGCACAUCAGUCAAUUGGCUGGCACAAGCUGCUGCUGGGGUCUUCCUCGGCAGCGGCUCCAUCCUGGUCUUGAUGUCUGGCGUGGUCUACCUGAUUGAGGUAUAUCUCGUCCAUGCUAAUAGCGCCCUGGCCAUUAACAAUUUCCUACGUUGUGUGAUAGCGGCUACGUUUGCUUUGUAUGCUACAGACUUGUUAGUAGAUGCGGGGUUGGGUGUUGGUUGCUCGGUUAUCGGCUCCAUCUGUCUCGCGCUCUCACCUGUUUCUUUUCUGUUCUGGCGAUAUGGUCGCACUAUCAGACAGUGGUCAAAGUUUGCGGAGGAGUGAAUGUACUAAAAGUUCGCUGCCUGUAACAUCACGUAAAAUACAGUAUUAUUAAUUGCUUAGUUAGCCUGCCCCAGGUCGAGCGAGGGGACAAGUUAAGAUGCGCGAUGUAAGCAUCAGCUGUUAGGUCCAUCAACUCAAAAUAACACUUUUAAAAAC